AUGAAGGGUCGCCGCGGUGCAUUGUUCGAUGGGUUGCUCUUCUUCUCGAUGAUCAUGUUGUUUGCGUUGACGGUGCAUUCAGCUGGUUCGUCGUCUCUCAAGGUGGGCUUCUACAGACGAUCAUGUCCAGCCGCCGAAUACAUUGUGAGAAGAACUGUGAGAAGGGCGGUGUCUCAGAGUCCCGGUAUUGGGGCUGGACUAAUCAGGUUGCAUUUCCAUGAUUGCUUCGUCCGGGGUUGUGAUGGAUCGGUGUUGGUGAAAUCCCUCCCAGGGACAGCUCGCAGAUACUCGGAAGCAUCAACUACCCCGUCCCUAGUGGUCGCCGCGAUGGCCUCGUCUCCAGCUUCAACAAACCUCCCUUCCCUGAGACUCACCGCCGAACAGCUCAUUCAAAACUUCGCCCGAAAAGGGUUGUCGGCCGACGAGAUGGUCACGCUCUCCGGUGCGCAUUCCAUUGGUAGGGCCCGCUGCUCGUCGUUUUCGGACCGGCUUUACAACUUCAAUGGAACGCAAGCUCAAGACCCGUACCUGGACCGGAACUACGCGGCGGCUACGUGUCCCGUGAACGGAGGCAGUGAUCCGACGGUGGCGAUGGACCCGGCGACGCCCAAUCGGCUGGACAACAGGUACUACGCCGAGCUGAGAGCGGGGCGGGGGUUCCUGACGACGGACCAGACGUUUGCGGAGAGCCCGGCGACAAGGGGGUACGUGGAUGUGAACGCGAGGUACGGUGUGGCGUGGGCUGGCAAGUUCGCUAGGGGGAUGGGUUCCAUUGAUGUUCUGACUGGGAAUCAGGGCGAGAUUAGAAGGAGGUGCAGCAUGGUUAAUUAG